GCUACCACACCCUCUUCGCCUCUAGCAAAGUGCCGCGACUGCAAGAAACAGUUAUUGUGGACCAGGGAUCUUUUGAUUAACUUGUGAGAACAGUUCUAGUUGUUUGGCUCGAAAGUACUGACCUUCGAAGUGUAGCUGAGGGAGUGAGCACUCAGAGGUAGGCCUAUGAUGUGUGACACUGUUUCUGCGAUGGCUAAUGAGCGGCUGCUGGUUACGUCACCCCGGCCCAAGGAGGAACCUCGGUCGGCCCCUGGGAGUCCUUCGGCGGAGGGCAAAGAAGGCGCAGAGAAGGACAGCAGGGACGGUCUCACGCCCACACAGCUUCCGCUGACCAACAACACAGCGCCUACGUCGCCCGCCCACCAAGAUGCCCCCACGCCCAAACCGCUGGAUUUAAGUCACAGGGAAUGCGGGCGUGGAACCAAGAGGGCGGCGGUCUCUGGAGUGACCCUCUUCCCCGGCCUCACCAUCACUCCCGGAGGAGGCACUGAAGAAGAGGCUCUCUCUGAUCACCACCAGGAAGAGGACGCGCCCCUCACGCCCUCACCGACGCCAUCGCCGCCAGAGAAUUCCUUCCCCAGGUUCCACUUCGGGCGCGCGGGCGGGACCCUUGCCGGCGCCGCGUCCUCCGAGUGCCCGAAACCCGCGGCCUCGACCACAGCCACCUCCGUCACCGCCCGCAGCGCGAAGUCUCCCCCAGGCCUACCGCACGCCCACGCCCUGCCCGAUGGCGAGGGCAUGGGCGGCGGGGAGGCAUGGUGGUACCCCGGUUUGAUCGGAAUGGGCGGAGACAUCUUCAGGGGACUGCCGGACCUGCCGCUGCCCUUCCCCGGCCUGCCUGCCUUCUUGGCACGCAGACGGAGGAGAGACAACAGGCAACGGCGACAGAGGACGACCUUCACAUCGGAACAGACCCUGAGACUCGAGAUGGAAUACCACCGCAACGAGUACAUCUCCAGGCCGAGGAGGUUCGAACUGGCAGAAUCACUGGACCUCACGGAGACGCAGAUCAAAAUUUGGUUCCAGAAUCGACGGGCCAAAGACAAGCGUAUCGAGAAGGCACACAUGGACCAGCAGUACAGGUGCAUGACCUUGGCUGGAGGACUUAGUGGCUUGGGACCUCUCUAUCACCCGGCCUUCUGCGGGAUCUGCACAUACAAGCCUUCCACCGGCGUCUCUUCGGAGUCUGGGAGAGGUCCUACAGCCUCCCCUCCAUCUCUGCUGAAUGCGACCUCCGGCUCCCCUACCUCCCUCCUGAGUGGCACGACUCCCUCCCCGACGUCCCUCCUCAGCGGUCCUUUGGCCAUUCAGCCUCCCUCCCUCCCUCUUGCUCCGGCACCGACAGCGAGCCUUUCCAUCGGGCCGGCGCCAUCUGUGGGCCUUCCGAUCGGCACGGCACCACCGGUCAGCCUCUCCCUCGGCCCUUCGCCACCUGCGAGCCUCCCUCUCGCUCCCUCCAACCCUUCGUCGUUCCUUAAUGGCUCCGUGUCCUCCCCGUCGCCGCUGACGACCACCACGACGGCGCCGACCAUCAAGAAGCCGGUGCCGCUUCCAGCCUCGUCGGCGAGCUUAGUAGCCCUCCGCGCCCAGGCAUUUUAGGAGGUCCUCGAGCCCAUGUGUUUUUCUCCUCUGAUAGCUAGGUAGUAAAUCGUUCCAGUGUGUAUUCCAUUUUCUUAAAAGAAGAGAGGAUGCUAGAAAAAGAAGGAGGAGAAGGAGAGGAAGAAGAAGAAGAAGAAAGAGAGCAAAAGACGAUACAAAGAAGAAAGUUUUGCUCAACAUCUUACCUGUUUAAUUUUUAGUCUGCAGCCAAAGAAAGCAUAACUAUUAUUAAUCUUUCGACUUUUGUCAAUGCACGGUAGAUAGUUAUACUGCAUAAUAUUUUAUUAGAAGAUAUUCAUUAUGAAGUCCUUGAGGAUGUUCUUUGUAAAUAUAUUUUUCCUCGAGUUAUUGAAAAGUAGAUUCUCAUGGUGCAAUUCUAGUUAUUUGGGUAAAUCGACUAUAAUGCCAUAAAGAUUGUUGUCAGAUAUAAAAGAAACUAUUUACAUAUCAACUCAUAGGUAAACUAUUAAUGAGGAUAUUGUGUAUUAUUUUGGGUGUUUUGUUUCAUCAUAUUUUACAAUAGUCACUGACACUGUAUCUGCAAUCGUUUCACUAACUCUCUCUCUCUCUCUCUCUCUCUCUCUCUCUCUCUCUCUCUCUCUCUCACUCUCACUCUCU